AUGGCUGCACACAUCGCUAGCGGGAUACACGAGGGUGCCCACGGAGCAGCCUCUGGCAGUGCAUCCGAUGCACCCCAGGCAGCUUCUUACAUCGUGGACAAGUCCCAAAUCCCUCGGCCGUACAAGUGUCCCCUGUGUCCCAGGGCAUUCUACCGACUCGAACAUCAAACUCGCCACAUCCGCACACAUACGGGAGAAAAGCCGCAUGCCUGCACGUUUCCAGGCUGCGAGAAGCGCUUCUCCAGGUCAGAUGAGCUGACUAGGCAUCUCAGGAUACACCAGAAUGCCGGACCCACACCUGGCGCAUCCACUUCAUCGAGCGGCGGUGGAAUGAAGAGAGAGGACGGAAGUGGUUCAGGCAAAGGUGGCAGAUCGCAUCAGCAUGGCCAGCAACAUCAAUACGGCGACUCGCGGCAAGGAGCCAGAAAGGUGGAUUGGCACAUGGCUGAGGAAGAUGGCAGUGACGAUGAAGGAGACUGGCACGACAGCCAUCUGGCUCAUCAACAACAUCAAUAUGGACAGCAUCCGUCAGCCCACGCUCCUCCUCCUCACCACUACGCAAGUCAUCGCUCUCAUCCUUCUCACCUCCCUCACCAUCACCCUGAGCGAUCUGGAGAGAUGUCAGCCCUGGCUACACUAGCUUCAGACGAGCUUCACGAGAUUGAGCGAGUGGAGCGAGAGAGGGAUGGCGCUCCACACCAUCACUCUGGCUAUCACUCGCAUCAGCACUCCUACGCUCAUGCACCGCCGCCGCCUCCCCCUGGCCAUGCAUACGCACCACCUCACGCCUACCAGCACUAUCCAGAGGCGCCAGGAGCUCACCCUUAUGCUGCUGCUCCCUCGGCCGCACACGGCGGCGCUCCUCCGGCAUCCUACUAUGGUUCUGCUCCUCGCAGCGUCAAGCCUUCCGCCAGUGGUGUUUCCACUCCGGAACGCCCGCCUGGAUGCACGCACGACGACUGCCAUCGCGACUACAACCAAAAGGUUGCUGCAGCUCUUGAGCCUUUGCACCACCACGCUGAAGGCCGCAUGCCCCCACCUCCUUCUGCAUCGCACACAGCGUCUGCUCCUCACUCUUACGCACCCUCUUCGUCGUAUGGAGCGUAUGAUCAUGCUUCGCGGUACCCUGCACAGCCUUACGGUGGUCCUCACUUCAGCCGUCACCUUGCUUCGAAUCCUUCUAGCAUGCCGAGCAGUCGAGAGCAUUCUCCCCGAUACUCGCCCCAUGACUCCAACAUGAGCGAAGAGUACGGGUCAGAGGGAGAGCACGUGGAUGAGCACGGCAGGCAUCGCUCUGGAUACAAGACCGGCCACCCCGCGCCUCUCAUGCUUCCACAGCCCCGGCUCGCUGCUCCUGGACCUCCUCUUGCAGGACCUGUAGGCUACCCUUCUGCACCUGUGCCCGAAUGGACCCCAUCGAGCUCGCCUGUGCUGGGACCGCUGAAGAGCAUGAGCCUGUUCUCGCACACUGUGCCCAACACUCCGUAUGGAUCGAGGCCGGGAUCGCCUGUCAGGGGUCAUCGUCUUUCGCCGCCCGAUGCACGAAGUGGCUUCACUGUUGGUUCGCCACCUCACGCCGCUCUGCACGUCGCUGGUCAAGGCCACCAUGCUCCACACCGCCAUCGAAGCCAUCCUUACGGUGCUCCCGUCGGAACUGGGCUUGGCGAGUCACGAUCGCAUCACCACUUGAGCUCUUUGGGUGCGCCGACUACGAGUGCUGCAAGGGCAACGAUUAGACGUGGUCCUUCGUCCUCUGGUGGCGAGCGCAGCAAUGGCGACCCCGACAGCAACGAGUCGACUCCUGCUGUCAGCUCUGCCACCUCUCCCAUGCUGUCCAAUGGUCGACCGCCGUUGUCGAGGAGCAACUCGAAUUCAUUCGGCGGAGGAACAAAGUCCACGAGCAGCCUCAGUCUCAGUGCCUAUCACCUCACAGGCCCCACUUCGGACCAGGCAAGGCGACUUGUCAAGGAGCAUGGCCCGUCGAGCGGCAGCAGGACCGCGUCUGACUCUUUCGCAGGCACGCGAUCUGCCAAUGCCUCGAGGACGCACUUGCCUUCCUUGGCUGCCGAUGGAUCGUCCAGGACUCUGCCUUCGCUCUUUCCCGACAGUGGAAGGCCAAGUGGCGGCAGCAGCCACCACGCGCAACCUCAUCUGCACUCGGUAGCCAACGGCCACCACCAGCCUCUGCACUCCCACAGCUUCCAUCCUUAUGGACAUAACAGUCACGGAGCGGGCAACAGCUCCAAGAGGUCAAAGUCGCGAAGUGCACCUGCCAGCCGAGCCACCAGCCCUCAUACCUCGCCGUCGAUGGCAUUCAGCGCAGCACACCCUGUCCCUGUGAGCCACACCAGGCAGAGCUCCCACGGUCAAGGCGGUCAGCUGGCUGCUUCACCUCGCGAUCAGGCGCCUUCCGCAGGCUCUAGUCCUCAGCACAGCUCUGGCUACCCUUCUCUAGGUCAAGGUCUGCUCAAUGGACGUCGCACCUCGCAGCACUCUAGCCCCUCGAGCUCCUUCACUGGUGGUCCUUCGUCGAUGAUGAUGAUGCAUCCCCAGUCUAGGCAGUCGUCUCCCGCGACCAGUGCUUCCGGACAGGGCAGUGGUGGACGAGGAAGCGUAGGCAGUAUCAAUCUGCCAUCGAUGGCAGGCAGCAGAGUUCACUCCAGUGGCGGAGGUUACAGCGGAAGCGCCAAUAGUGGAAACGGUGGCAGUGGUGCCGGAGCAGGAGGAGCCAGCAGCGGUAGCGGUGCGCAAUCUGGCAGCAGCGGCAGCAAGAAGAGCCUCUUUGCCCUCACGCCCAUUCACGCCUCAGCGCCCCACUCCCCUUCACACCCGGCCCACUCAGAGGCAAAGAUGACCCCUGCGGCAUCCCCUGCCCUCGCUCACGCAACGAGCGGGAUGACGCUCCCGCCCAUCUCUAGCCUCAAUGGAGGCGGAAGCGCUCGACAGGGAGAGGAUGUGGAGAUGUAA